AUGGCAGACAGGCCGCCGCCCCCGCCGCUGCUCUCCGGCUCCAUGCCGUCGUCGUUUGACGGCAACCAGGACUUUUAUAAUGAGCGUCCAAUGCAAAAGGUCACCCGCAAACUAAAGGAAGAGCCUCUCGUCCCUCUCGGCAUAUGCCUGACCGUCUUCGCCUUUGUCAACGCCUACCGCGCUCUCCGCCGAGGAGACUCCCAGCAGGCCAACAAAAUGUUCCGCGCCCGAGUCGCCGCCCAGGGCUUCACUGUCGUCGCCAUGGUGGCCGGCAGCAUGUACUACAGCAAAGAUCGUGAGAAGACAAAGGAGCUCCAGAAGCUCAAGGAACAGCGCGACGCCGAGGAGAAGCGCAUCAAGUGGAUUCGCGAGCUCGAGGUCCGGGACGAGGAGGACAAGGCGCUCAAGGCCAGGCUCGAGCAGCGGAGGCAGAAACCACUGCCCAGUUCGAACGCUGAGACGACGCCCGAAGAAACAGCGCGGCCUGGUACGGGGGGUGCUCUCGGCAAGAUGGGCUUGUGGCCGCGGGGAGAGAAUGGGGCGCAGGAGGAGUCGGCUCCGGUGGACGCCAAAGCCACAGAGGAGACGACGCCCAAGAAGCAGAACCCAAAGAGCUCGCUGGGGGCCAUCGGCGAGGUCAUUGCCUCGAACAAAAAGGACGAGGGCGGCUCAAAGCCGGCAGCAGAGAUCAGACCCGAGAAAAGGGAGCCAUAA